AUGCGUCUUACAAAUACCAUCUACCUUGCCUGUGCUUUGGCCAUUGGGACCCAGGCCCUUGUCGCACAACCUCCCAAGCUCAAUGAGGCCAUGAAGAUAACCAAGCGCGACGAGGCCGACGAGGCCUGGAGGAUCAGCAAGCGCGACGAGACCGACCAGGCCUGGAGGAUCAGCAAGCGCGACGAGGCCGACGAAGCCUGGAGGAUCAGCAAGCGCGACGAGGCCGACGAGGCCUGGAGGAUCAGCAAGCGNAGGCCUGGAGGAUCAGCAAGCGCGACGAGGCCGACGAAGCCUGGAGGAUCAGCAAGCGCGACGAGGCCGACGAGGCCUGGAGGAUCAGCAAGCGUGUCAAGGCAGACGAGGCCUAAGGGACCAAGAAAGGCUUUCUCGAUUGGUCAAGUUGCGGUGUAUCGAUUUCCAUGGCUGGUUGUCACUGAAGGGAUUUUCAUGGUGGUCUGGGAGUAUGUUAGUCACAGCAGGUUGUCGGGGUGCUAUUGA